CAAGGCCCGAUUGCCGAUGCCUGAACAGACCGAGAUUCAAUCCGUCUUCACUACCACUGUUACCAAACACCAGAAACAUCCCAUCAUCCAUACCAUUCUCUGCAAACCCUAGCAUGCGGUCUCCAAUCGCCACAGCGCAAUGAAGCGAGUGUGGAAGUCGGGUCUCAUCUGCACAAAACCCAAAAUCUUAACCCCCGAUUUCCAGAACCUCGCACGGGUUACCCACACGCGGACCCCAUUACAGGGUCCGUACACUCUAACCAGCAUGAUCGGUUUGUUCUCCGACAAGCACUCUGAGUUGGACCUCAGAGCUAGAGAGGAGCUGAGGGGCAAGGUUUCGCAGCUGAGAGACGAGUUGGUGCCUAGUGGUGAUGACUCGGAUAUGGUCGUUAGGGUUUUGGAGGAGAAGGGCGAAUCGUUGUUUCGGAGCUAUUCCAAUGGGUCCGCCUUUGUUGAGCUGCUGAAGCAGUUGAGCUCGUGGCCUUACUUAGCGCUCCAGGUUUUUAAUUGGAGAAGAAACCAGACAGAUUAUAGCAUUCCCAUGACAUCAGAGGAGUAUGCCAAGGGUAUUUCAGUUGCUGGCAGAACUAAGAACGUUGAUCUUGCGGUUGAGCUGUUUACGGAGGCUGCUAAUAAGCAAAUUAAGACAACUUCUACUUAUAACGCACUGAUGGGUGCCUAUAUGUGCAAUGGUCAUGCAGAGAAAUGUCAGGCAUUGUUUCGGGACUUAAAGAGGGAAGCAAGUUGUAGUCCUACAAUUGUAACAUAUAACAUUCUUAUUUCGGUCUUUGGUCGCUUGAUGCUGGUAGAUCACAUGGAGGCAACAUUCCGGGAGAUAAAAGAAUUAGAGCUCUCACCUAACAUAAGUACAUACAAUAAUAUAAUUGCUGGGUAUGUCACAGCUUGGAUGUGGAACAGAAUGGAAGAUACUUUUAGGACGAUGAAGGAAGAUAACAUCCAGCCUGAUAUCAACACACACCUGCUAAUGCUUCGUGGAUAUGCACAUUCAGGUAAUUUGCAAAAAAUGGAAGAAACUUAUGAAUUGAUAAAGGGUCAUGUUAAUGACAAGGAAAUUCCAUUGAUCAGAGCCAUGAUAUGUGCAUACUGUAAGAGUUCCAUCACAGAUAGGGUUGAAAAGAUUGGUGCUCUAAUGAAGCUCAUUCCUGAGAAUGAAUAUAGACCUUGGUUGAAUGUGAUGUUGAUUAGAGUUUAUGCACAAGAAGACUGGGUAGAGGAGAUGGAAAAUUCAAUAAAUGAGGCCUUUGAGCAUAAAACAUCUGUAAAAACAAUGCGCGUAAUGCGAUCCAUCAUCGCAACUUAUUUCCGAUGCAAUGCAGUAGACAGGCUUGCAAACUUUGUAAAGCGUGCAGAGUGUGGUGGAUGGCAUAUAUGUCGGUCUCUAUAUCACUGUAAAAUGGUCAUGUACGCAUCCCAGAAGCGCCUGGAGGAAAUGGAAAGUGUCCUUAAUGAGAUGGAGAGUUCUAAUUUUUGCUGCACUAAAAAGACAUUUUGGAUCCUCUAUAAAGCCUAUUCAAUGUGGGAUCAAAGACAUAAAGUUGAGCAAGUAAAAGGAUUGAUGUGCAAGCAUGGAUACGGAAUUCCUUCUGAUGUUCUCCUUUCAUAAUACAUUCUUUAUGCAGCAUAAUAUUGCAUGCCAAAAAGUGCGAAAAGCAUUCAGCUGAUUACUGUGGAUGUUUAGUCACAUCUGUAAGAUGGAUUGUGGAUUUCAAAUCAUUCACAGGUAGACGUCUUCUCUCAUGCUUCUUUGUUAAUUACCUCUUAUAUGUUGACCCAUUUUUCCAUUUCAUUGCCUGAGUUUGAACCCUUUUAUUUGUCAGUUUGUUGCUGUUGCUUAUUCUUGCUUGCAAUGGCUGCAGGUAAGAAUAUUGUUGUCUCUAUAGUAAAACUAUUUGCUCACAUGACACUGAUUUCUCAGUGUUCAUACCCAGCUUGGCUUCAACAAUUAUCAGGGUAGAAGCCACCUUUUUGUUUUGAGCAUGUGUUUUUACAGUUUAGCUCCACACUGUUAUUUAAAUAUCUGACCUUACCUUUGGAUUGCUUAAUCGCAGUAGUUCUUAAAGGACGACCAAUGUCAUGGGAGGCAUAUUUAUGCCUCUUCCAUGCUUGCAAACCAUAGUCUUCAGAAAAUUGACAAUAUACAAAUCUGUCAUGAGAUUUUUUUUCUGUUCCAGAUUAAUGCAUGCUUGCUCUCCUAUUUGUUUAUAAGGGGGAAUAAAAAAUGUACAUUUGGUAGAUAAUGCUACCAGUUACUUCAUUUUCUUAUGAACUUUCCAGAUAUGUAUGGCAGAUUACAUUAUGAAUUAUUUUAUUGCACGAUUUUAUAAAAACUUAUCAAGUACAUCUAGCACUUCGUUAAAUUAUUGUCUGGCUGCCUAACCAUCAAGAUUCUUCGGAUGGUAUUGCUAAGUUUGUUUGACCUGAUAUAAUGCUUAUGCACCUCUGUGGUAAUUUUUAUCUCAUGUCAAUUUUUUUGAACUAAAGGACCUCUCUACCUGCUCUUGAACACUGAACCAAAUGCUUUGCCCUCUGAAACAGGAAAAUAAUUCUAAGAUACAAUUUAAUCAGCACCCUCCCUACUUGGUCUUUGAACUAGUAUGAACAUGGUUACCAUUCAGCACACUAGGAGGUUUUAGUAAAUAAUUCACACACACACACAUAGAUAUAUAUAAGCCCAAAUCACUGGUUUCUCAGGGUAAAUGUAAACUCACUUUUAAGGUGGGGCUACAUUAUGAAUUGUUUUAUUACACGAUUUUAGAAAAACUAAUCAAGUACAUGUAGCACUUAGUUAAAUUAUCAUCUGGCUGCCUAACCAUCAAGAUUCUUUGGAUGGUAUUGCUAAGUUUGUUUGACCUGAUAUAAUGCUUAUGCAUCUCCAUGGUAAUUUUUAUCUCAUGUCAAUUUUUUUGAACUAAAGGACGUCUCUACCUGCCCUUGAACACUGAACCAGAUGCUUUGCUUCUGAAACAGGAAAAUAAUUCUAAGAUGCCAAGUUAAUUAGUACCCUCCCUACUUGGUCUUUGAACUAGUAUGAACCGUGGUUUCCAUUCAGCACACUAGAGGUUUUAGGAAAAAAUUUACCCACACACCAUCUCUUGCCCAUUCUAAGCCCAAAUAUAAUGCUUAUAUAUAUAUUUAAGCCCAAAUCACUGGUUUCUAAGGGUAAAAGUGAACUCACUUUUAAGGUGGGGCUUGGAUAGAGGCACCAUUAUUGGUGUAGAAUCUUGCAAGCAAAUGGGGGCAGAACCCAAGAACACAGGAAUUUGUCCUUGUUCUCUUUCUGCUAAAUAGGAGUUAUAAGAACAAGCUAGCAAAUGACCAUAGAAACAAAGGCUACAACUUGACAAUUUAGAAACUUUUUCUAGCUAUGCUAUUAAUUAAAUUUUCAGGUUCAGCAUGCACAAUCAUGGUUUUCUUGGUGUCCUCGCUAUUCUUCAUUUCCCUUGGUAUCAUAUCAUUUGUCAAAUUACUUAGAUUUCAUAAAUUCAUGAUUGGUGGGGGCCUACCACUAGUCAAAAUCUGGUUACCUAUUCUACUGAAAAACUUAUAACAUAUUUACUGUGUCACUUGGGACUUUGCCCAUGUGGUUGCUCACCCUCUAAGCCCAUGUUCAAGAUUUACUUUGGUUUAAGUUUGUUCUCUUGGUUUUGCAUUUAGUUGACCUUUUCUUUAUUCUGCUGUACAUUUGAUCGACUGAAUACUUCUCUUGCAGAUAUUGCUACAAAAUGCUUGAUGGACCAUGGCUAACAAAGUGCUGAAUGCAGCCUGAUAUUGAAAUAACAUCCACCAAGAUAUUAAGGGUGGUGAUUAUUCCUGUGCAAAAUCUGCCAGAAAUUGAAAUAACGUCCACCUAGAGAUUAAGGGUGGUGAGUUUGUGUGUGUAAAACCCCAGUUCACUUCCUGUAACACCUAGAGAUUGAGAGAGAUCAAAUUGUUGGACAAUAUUUUUGGAACAAUUAAACCCACGAAAGUAAACCUUCCAAGGGCUGUGCUAUUGUUCCCUAUUUGCUUGAAUCAAGACCCUUCCUCAAGAGGGGAGGUGAUGAAUCAAAUCAAUCAGUAACAAGGGCCAGGAUCGUCAAUCAAUGACAUUAGUUUCCUGUAUUGCUGCAGCACUUUUCUUGACAUUGUCUUGUAAAUUAUUUCUGAUGGUAUGAGCUGAGCUGAGCCGAGCCAAUCAUUAUUACCAAUUCAAAUUCAAGAAUUCUUAAUGGCUUCUGCGGCCGUUUUUACUCAA